UAAAUCGGUAGGGGACAACAAUUGGGAAUAUAAAGCUGGGGACACAGCAGGAAUACCUCUUCACAGAAUUUCUGGAUCGUAUUGACGAAGAGCCUGGACAUCAUGAAGUGGCUGAUUCUGGUACUGAUUUAUCUCCACCUGUCAGAAGAAGUGGAGCGAAUCGUUCUGAAGAAAGGGAAAUCCCUUCGGGAGAUCCUGAAAGAAAAAGGGAUGCUGGAGGAAUUCAUGAAGAAAUACCAUGUUGACCCUGGUCUGAAAUACCGCCCCAACGAAUUCCAUGUUGUUUAUGAAUCAAUGACCAGUUACAUGAGUAAUUUCUACAUUGGAGAGAUCAGUAUUGGGACUCCACCACAGGAUUUCCUGGUUGCAAUGGAUACCGGGUCUUCUAAUCUCUGGGUACCAUCAGUGUACUGUAACACUGCAGCCUGUGGUGAGUGCGUCUCUGGCCAAUGGGGGUUUUUGUUAUAGUGAGCUGAUUCACUG